UCCCAUCACGACGAUCUCUUGAUUCCCUUCAUCCUUCCUUCUUCGCCUCUUUCUUAUAUUAAUACCAGUGCUGUGCGCCCGCCAUGGAAGGCGACGUGGUAGCGCAGUUCACUGAAAUCACCGGCUCAAAGCCAGAGCUGGCUACCCAAUAUCUGCAGCUGACUGAUUUCAACAUCGAACAGGCUGUACAGCUUUUCUUCGAGAAUGGCGGUGCGCCACUGACUGAUGAUCCCUUACCGUCUGCCUCCACGCCGCAGCAAGCUUCUCAUGCUGGCGGCUAUGGAAACGAGUCCGGGGUGGUCAAUAUCGACUCCGAUGACGACGUCACAAUAGAUGAGUCUCGCUCUGCGCCUCGGAACCACGGCGCUAUGUUCGAAGACGAUGCCGCCAUGGCCCGUCGCCUCCAAGAAGAGAUGUACGGCGGAGGAGAUGCCGAAGAGAACGUGCGUGCGCCGAUGGCCCGUACAACAGAAACCUUGGUGGGGCCUGAAGCGGACUUUGAUGAUGGCGAUAUGCAUGCCAGCAUAUUGGGUCAACUGCGCGCGCGCCAACAGCGAAACAACCGGCCGGGCAUCUUCAACCAGCGAGACACAUCGAUAUGGUCUGGAGAGGACGACACCUCGGAACGUGAACGGUUGGCUGCAGCGACUGGAGGAGCUUCCGAGGCCUCGAAUAAGUCUAACAUGUUAGCUGAGAUGUACCGCCCGCCUUUCGAGAUCAUGUCCAGGCUUCCGUGGGAUGUCGCUCGUCAGGAAGGUCGUGACAAUGAGAAGUGGUUGAUGGUCAAUAUCCAGGACCCUUCAGUCUUUGAUUGCCAGGUUCUGAACAGAGACCUCUGGAAGGAUGCGGGCGUGAGAGACACCGUUAAGGAGCAUUUUAUCUUCAUGCAAUAUUCCAAGGACGACCCUCGCGCGGGACCGUAUCUGCAGUACUACUUUCAGGCCAGCGACGUCUCAGAUAAUUAUCCCCACAUCGCGAUUGUCGACCCCCGGACUGGAGAACAGAUGAAGGUCUGGUCGGGUCCUCCCGUGAUCAAGGCGUCGGACUUUUUGAUGCAAGUCCACGAGUUCCUCGACAGAUACAGUCUGAAGCACAACGUGAGAAAUCCCGUGGCGAAGAGGAAGCCGGAGAAGAAGGAAAAGAGUAUCGAUGCAAUGACUGAAGAAGAGAUGAUGGAGAUGGCAAUGAGAAACAGCCUAGGGGAUGAGGCGUCGCAAGGUCCGAAGGUGGAGGACCCCGACGAUCUCACACGCAGCACUGAUGAUGUGAAGGGCAAGGGACGGGCUGAAGACGUUGGGAUGGAAGAGGCCGAACAACCUGAACAGAGCGUCUUCUUGUCCAUCCCGGACAAUCGACCCCACACAGAGCCCCCCGCCGAUCCUGCCACAACCACGCGCAUUCAGUUCCGACACCCAUCGGGGCGAGUGAUUCGACGUUUUGCUUUGACGGAUCCUGUCCAGCGGAUCUACGAAUGGCUCAAGGCUGAUCCGCCCUUGGAGGAUAAAGCCGGUGUGGAGUUUGAGCUGAAUGCCAUGGGCCGCAAUCUGAUUGACUCGCUGGAUCAAACCGUCGCCGAUGCUGGACUGAAGAAUGGUACGGUCAUGAUAGGGUAUGUCGAGGAAUAGACUGCAUUGGGACAUGGCACUUGAGGAGAGACUCGGAAGGUCCAGGACGGAGGCCUAAGGAGCUGUCAGGACUGGCGCCUGUUGCUCUUCGGGCCAAAUUGCUGCUCUGGGGAUGGAUGCCUUUGUUUAACACGGAUGA